AACAGAUCCCUUCUCAGCCCAGAGACCAACUAAAGAUGCAACAUGAUCAUGAUUGCACCACAGACCUCCCAGUCGUCCAAUUACACUACAAUGUGCCCUUUAUUCCCAACCAAGAUUUAGCAUCUUUUUUACACAGUACUGUGUAGAUCCUCGACUCUCACCCAAGGAGAUCUUCACGCAUAUCCGCCAAUAGGGUCCCUUACCAAACAAAAACACCCCACAGCUGUCCAUGACGUUUUAACUUUCAACCUGCCCCUCCUCUCUACGCGAUUAUGCCUCCGAAACACUCGCCAAGCCCAACACCACCCCGCCAAACAGCCACAACUCUCACCCGCACCACAGCACCAACAACAGCAACAACCUCAACGCUAAUUCUCCUCCUCCUCCUGCUGAUCGCCCUCUUCCCCAGCGCAUUCCACUUCCUCUGGACGCUGCCCCUGCGUCUAUUCCAUCCCAGCAGCCGCCCGGGCCCCCACCAAGCCCAUUCUCAGAACUCACCAUCCCUCCCGACAACCACAACUAUAACGGCGACGACGACGACAGCAGAGGAAAAAACAAUGUGGUUCCAGAAGCAAUUUACCCUCCCCGCGCGCUCCCGUGGGUCCUACCUGAUCACCGACACGGUGCUCAAGGAGCUGCCCGAGAUCCGAUCGUACAAGGUCGGGCUGCUGCACCUGUUCAUCCAGCACACCAGCUGCGCGCUAAGCCUGAAUGAGAACUGGGACGAGGAUGUCAGAGCGGACAUGAGCGAUACGCUUGACCGGAUCGUCCCGGAGGCGGGGCCGAAUGGAGAGGCGUUGUAUCGGCAUGAUGCGGAAGGACCCGACGAUCUUCCUGCCCAUGUCAAGUCGGCGUUGAUCGGGGCCAGUGUGACAAUCCCCAUCAAGGAUGGCAAGCUGGCCACGGGAACUUGGCAGGGUAUUUGGUACCUCGAAUUCCGAGCCAUGAAGCACAGUCGCAAGAUAGUAGCCACCAUACAGGGCGAAAAGGCAUGAAAGUUGAUUGCUACCCGAGAGUUUCGGGUAUAUGUUCUAAAUGUGACCCGCCCCGACGAUGGGCGAAAACAACGAGCUGCCGCCUUCCAGCUGCUUAUUUU